GUCUGCAUUGUGAUAUGGCGUCAGAGGGUGGAAAUGUAGCGACUGAGGGUGUGAAAAGCUUUGCUAGGAGGGAUAGUCUUCUACAGAUUGAGCGUGAUGUUCGAGAAUGGUGGGAAAAAGAAGAUAUUUUCAGGGCUGAACCUCGUGAAAGACUUCCUGAACCGGGUGAGAAGUUCUUUGGCAACUUCCCCUAUCCUUAUAUGAAUGGGUAUUUGCAUCUUGGACACGCAUUCUCACUUUCAAAGGUAGAAUUUGCUGCUGCUUAUCAUAGACUAAGAGGUGCCAAUGUGCUCUUGCCUUUUGCUUUCCACUGCACUGGCAUGCCCAUCAAGGCCUCAGCUGAUAAACUUGUACGUGAAAUCCAACAAUUUGGGGAUCCACCAACUUUUCCCCAUGAAUUGGAUGAGGAAGUAGACAUCACACAAGAAGCUGAGGAUGCAAACGGAGGUGUACCACCCGAUACAUUCAAAGGCAAGAAGUCCAAGGCCAAAUCAAAAUCAAGUGGUCAGGUAUUUCAGUGGGAGAUUAUGCGUAGUUUUGGCCUCCCUGAUAGCGAGAUAUCUCAGUUCCAGAAUCCAUACAAUUGGUUGACUUACUUUCCUCCAUUGGCCAGGGAGGACCUUAAAGCUUUUGGCUUGGGUUGUGACUGGAGACGCUCCUUUAUCACUACUGACAUGAACCCAUUUUAUGAUUCCUUUGUGAGGUGGCAGAUGAGGAAGUUAAAAUCCAUGGGGAAGAUUGUGGAAGAUGUCAGAUACACCAUAUAUUCUCCUCUAGAUGGCCAGCCAUGUGCAGAUCAUGACAGGGCAACUGGUGAAGGAGUUCAGCCUCAAGAGUACACUCUGAUCAAGAUGGAGGUGGUGUCACCUUUUCCCUCUAAACUAGGAGUGCUGGAGGGGAGAAGAGUUUUCUUGGCGGCUGCAACUUUGAGGCCUGAGACUAUGUAUGGGCAAACAAAUGCAUGGGUAUUGCCUGAUGGGAAGUAUGGAGCCUUUGAAAUUAGUGACACAGAAGUCUUUAUUCUCACACAAAGAGCUGCCCUUAACCUUGCAUAUCAGAACUACUCUAGAAUCCCAGAGAAACCCACAUGCUUGGUUGAGCUGACUGGUUAUGAUUUGAUUGGCCUCCCAUUAAGGUCCCCUCUUUCUUUCAAUGAGAUCAUAUAUACCCUUCCCAUGUUGACCAUCCUAACAGACAAAGGUACUGGGAUUGUCACUAGUGUACCCAGUGAUGCUCCUGAUGAUUAUAUGGCCUUGCAUGAUUUAAAAUCAAAAAAAUCUCUUAGGGCUAAGUAUGGUGUGAAGGAUGAAUGGGUGUUGCCCUUCGAGAUGAUUCCCAUCAUUGACAUUCCAGAAUUUGGAGACAGGGCUGCAGAAAGAGUUUGCAAGGAUCUGAAAAUCAAAAGCCAGAAUGAAAAGGAGAAGCUUGCAGAAGCCAAGAAGUUGACAUACUUGAAAGGAUUUACUGAGGGAACAAUGGUUGCUGGUGAGUUUGCGGGGAGAAGAGUCCAGGAAGCAAAGCCAUUGGUCAGGAGCAAGCUUUUAGAGAUGGGCCUGGCAAUUAUCUAUAGUGAGCCUGAGAAACAGGUGGUAUCAAGGUCUGGUGAUGAAUGUGUUGUGGCACUUACCGAUCAAUGGUACAUUACAUAUGGGGAACCAGAAUGGAAGAAGAAGGCUGAGGAGUGCCUAUCCUCCAUGAAUCUAUUUUCUGAUGAGACACGGCAUGGCUUUGAGCACACUUUGGGAUGGCUAAAUCAGUGGGCUUGUUCAAGAUCUUUUGGUCUUGGAACUCACAUCCCUUGGGAUGAACAAUAUCUUGUUGAGUCAUUGUCUGAUUCCACUAUAUACAUGGCUUAUUACACCAUUGCCCACCUGUUACAGAAUGGGGAUAUAUAUGGAUCUGAUACAUCUCUCAUAAAGCCUGAACAAAUGACUGAUGAGGUCUGGGAUUUUGUUUUCUGUGGUGGCAAAUACCCAAAGUCAUCUAUCUCUUCAUCCAUUCUUAAUAAGAUGAAGCAGGAGUUUGAAUAUUGGUACCCUUUUGAUGUUCGAGUGUCUGGUAAGGAUCUCAUCCAGAAUCAUCUGACUUUCUCCAUCUACAACCACACUGCAAUCAUGUCCAAGAAUCACUGGCCUCGUGGGUUUAGAUGUAAUGGGCACAUCAUGCUGAAUUCUGGGAAGAUGUCCAAGUCUACAGGGAAUUUCAGGACCCUUCGCCAGGCAAUUGAGGAAUUUUCUGCUGAUGCCACAAGAUUCUCUUUGGCUGAUGCUGGUGAUGGUGUUGAUGAUGCAAAUUUUGUAUUUGAGACUGCAAAUGCUGCUAUCUUACGACUUACUAAAGAGAUUGCAUGGAUGGAAGAAGUUCUGGCUGCAAAGUCUUCUAUGAGAACAGGUCCCCCAUCUACUUAUGCUGAUCGGGUGUUUGCAAAUGAGAUAAACAUUGCUGUCAAAACGACUGAGCAGCAUUACCAGAAUUACAUGUUUCGAGAAGCUCUCAAGACUGGUUUUUUUGAUCUCCAAUCUGCCAGGGAUGAGUACAGGUUCUCAUGCGGUGCUGGGGGCAUGAACUAUGAUUUGGUUUGUCGUUUUAUGGAUGUGCAGACACGGGUUAUCACUCCAAUCUGUCCACACUAUGCGGAGUAUGUUUGGAGGAAGCUUUUGAAGAUGAAUGGGUUUGUUGUGAAGGCUGGAUGGCCUGUAGCUGAUGCUCCGGAUCUACCCCUCAAGAGUGCCAACAAGUAUUUGCAAGACUCGAUUGUUUUGAUGAGAAAGUUGCUUCAGAAACAAAUAUUAGGUUCAAAGAAAGCUAAGAAGGAUGGCUCUCCAGUCACAUCACUGACUGAAGACAACAAGCUAACAGGCUUGAUUUAUGUGAAUGAGCAAUUUGAUGGAUGGAAAGCAGAUUGCUUAAUGAUAUUGCAAAGCAAAUUUGACAGCAAGACUCGUACUUUUGCUCCAGAUGAGGAGAUACUUGAGGCACUGAAGAAUAGCUCUAUUGGUCAGGAUGAAGAUUUCAAGCAAACCCAACAGCUGUAUAGGCCUUUCUUGAGGUUCAAGAGGGAUGAGGCAGUUGCACUAGGAGUUCAGGCUUUGGAUUUGAGGCUACCAUUUGGAGAGAUUGAGGUCCUCCAGGAGAACUUGGACUUGAUUAAGAGACAACUUGGUCUUGAUAAUGUGGAGAUUCUGUCUGCAACUGACCCUGCUGCUCCUGCUAAAGCAGGUCCUCUUGUUUCACUGCUAGAUCAGAAUCCUCCAUCCCCUGGAAAUCCAACUGCCAUCUUCUUGACUAGGUCAUAGAGGAAACACCGGCAGGAAAUUACUUGACCAGGAAGCUGAUGAUCUUGCUUUAAAAGGCCAUUGCAAGAUGCUGUGGUAUAUGCAGUGUCUUCAAAAGAUUUUUAUAAAGUGAUGCUAUAAAUAAAUAAAAGCUUCCACAUUCUGUUGGUGAAGAACUUGUCUUACUGUUCUUCUGAUAUGAAAAGGCUAUUUUAUUUUCUUUUGCAGGCUGGGGAUGAAAUGGCUAUGUUUGUUACCUUUGCUGUAACACUUUGCUUUCUGAAUAACAUAUUAUGCUCCUGUCUUCAGUGUUUUAUAAUGUUAUAUUUGUUGUCAACUGUAAUCUUGUUCUGGAGAUGUAUUGAAGCAUUGAAGAUGCUCUGUAAACACCUAAGUUUCAUGUCUACAUAUUAAUUCCAAUAUAUAUCUUUUAUU